AUGACAUCAAGUGGCAGUCCCAACGUCGCAACCAACACAACCAUCCCAAUCUCCGGCGAUGACGUCAUAUCUCGAUCACUAUUCAACCUAUCAGCUUUCCUUUCUCGAUGCCGCCCGUGGCAGGAAUUCGUCGCGGCCGGCGUUUUCGACAUGCCCGAGCCCUUAACAAGUGCUGGCGAUCGACUUCGGAAGAAUGGCAACUAUUUCCGAUUGAAUUAUGGCAUCCUCCUCUUAGCCUGUUCCGCCCUGUCCCUCUUGGCCAAACCUAUUGACCUGCUUUUCGUCCUUGCGGUCUUCGCCCUCUGGUUGAUCUUCUCUGUCUUCCGCGAAGAUCCGCUCAUCAUGUGGGGUUACCACGUGAGCGAUCGCAUGGUCCUGCUGGCUCUCAUCUUGCUAUCAUUUUCUGCCGUUUGGUUCACGGGAGUCCUCCACAAUCUAAUCGUCGGUCUUUGCAUUGGGCUACUCCUAUCGGCCAUUCACGGGGUCUUCAGGAAUUCCGAUGGGUUGUUCAUGGAUGAGGGUGAAGCGGCGUCCACGGGUUUGAUCGGAUCUUCCAGUUCUAGGGUUGACGUGAUGAGAUGAGAUCAAUUCAAGAUCAAAUGAUCUAUAGAAUUCAUGGCUCAUAAGGAGGAAUAUUGCCAAUGCAAAUUACUUGCUUCUUU